CGCAACUCGCAACGUGCGGGGACAAAGAAGCGCUGGGCGAGAAGCAGCGUGGCAAGGCGGGCGGGUGGGACGGCGGACCAAAGGGAGAGAGUGAGGGUCUCCAGCCCUAUCGAUCACCCCACGGCCUUCGGCUGACACCCGGGCCGUAGUGCGGGGAAGCCCAGCCGCCUCCGCCCGGGGGGAUCUCCGUCUUUUCGGACCAAGUCCUCGCGCCAUAUCAAAGGCACCUCCCUCCCUUCCUUCCUGCUGCGCCAAUGCCUGGGAUAGGGGCCGUCGGCGCUCGGUGCAGGCACCGCCCGAGAAGGCGCCCCAACCAGGCCAAGGGGAGCGGCCACCAGGCGGAGGGCAGCGGGGAGACCGCCAUGGACGCGGCCAUCUGGAUCUACCAAUUCCGCCUGAUCGUGCUGGGCGAUUCCACGGUGGGCAAGUCCUGCCUCUUACAUCGCUUCACCGAAGGCCGUUUCCCGGGCCCGAUGCACUGCGAUCCCACCGUCGGGGUGGAUUUCUUCUCCCGCCUGGUGGAGAUCGAGCCGGGCAAGAGGAUCAAGCUGCAGCUGUGGGACACGGCGGGCCAGGAGAGGUUCAGGUCAAUCACCCGUUCCUAUUACCGGAAUUCAGUAGGAGGCUUGCUGGUGUUUGAUAUCACAAACAGGUCUUCUUUUGAACACGUAUAUGACUGGUUGGAUGAAGCAAAAAUGCAUGUUCAACCUUUCCAGAUUAUCUUCAUCUUGGUGGGACACAAAUGCGACUUGGAAUCAGAGCGCCAGGUUACAAGAGAGGAAGCUGAAGAACUAGCAUCAGCCUGUGGCAUAAAAUACAUAGAAACAUCUGCCAAGGAUGCCACAAACGUUGAAGAAUCAUUCACUAUUCUCACUAAGGACAUAUAUGAACUUGUGAGAAAAGGAGAGAUUUCAAUACAGGAUGGAUGGGAAGGGGUGAAAAGUGGCUUUGUUCCAAAUGUUGUACAUUCCUCAGAGGAAGCUACCUCACUGGGAGAACAAUGCUCUUGCUAAAUCUUUUGCAUGCCGUGCAACCUAACGAAGGGUUGGAGAAUAAGGUAACUGUUUGCAAAAGAUCAUUUUAAAAGAUGCAUUAGAUCAGCAAUUAGUGAUCUAUGGCUUCUGAGAUGCUUAUAGCUCCUAAAAUACUUAAGUGUGGCUUGCAGGAUUCUAUAAGGAUCAUAAGAAUCAACAGCAUUUGCUUAAAAAAGCAAAGCAAGCUUCUAAUAGUUAAUUAGGGGAGUCAGCCAAGUCAGUGGAAGCAAAAGUGCAGUUUUUUUUUUUUAAAAAAAGGAAAGGAAGUCAGAAUUCUUUGGUUUUCAUCUUUUGCAACUUUUUGAAAGACAUAUAUAACUAUUUUCUACGAGGCCGACUCAGGUUUAGUUAUCAUUUGUUGCUAACAAUUUUUUUUUUGAGAUGUUGUAACUAUGAAUAUUGUCAAGAAAAGGGAAGCCUGGUCCUUCAUAACCACCAUGUGCAUGAAAUAGGAUGUAUUAAUCAUGUGAAUUCUCCAUAUUUUUUCACUGUGGACCUCAGGCGUACCCAUUCAUUUAUCUGUGUUUAACUUUGUUCGAAAGAAGCGCCUGUCCAGGAAGGGGCAAUCUUUUGGGGAUGGAAAGCACUGAACAAGUUGGUGAGAUUGGUGGUGAGGCAAGAUAUACUAAUUCAUUCACAUUCACUUGUGCUUUUACACUCAUUCUUCCUCCAGUUGUGAGAAGUAUCUUACCCCAAUUGUCUUUCCAAGGGAUGAAAAAACUUUAAGCAUCCCGAAGAGGUUACCGGGUUGGAAGAAAGUAAAAUCUCACUCCCAAGUUAAAGAUCCCUCUGAAGAUUAUUCUGGUAAAUAAAGAUGUUGCACACAGGAUGCCCGUAUUAUCAGCAUAAUUAACUGAGGACCCAUUUCACCUCAAUGGGAUUGGUUCCUCCAGCUUGUUCCAACUGAACAAACCUCCUUCAGAUCUGUGGAGAUUCUCAGUCAUCCAGUUCACGGUUGUCUCAAUGGUGCUUUUUUCUUCAAAAGGCAACUGGACUGUUUUUUUUUUCCCUUGAGGAGGAGGAAGAAGAAGAAA